GUUACCCUGUGAAGGGCGGUCUUUUUAACGAGACCGUCGGUGGCGACGACGUGCUUGCUCAGGCUAUGCCUGAGUAUGAUCGUCAGUACCUCGGCCGACAAGGCCAACAUGUUCGGCUGUACGACGGAGGGAUAGACUACGUCGUCCAGGGUGCCCUUAUGCUGAGGGAGCAGCAUUGGAGGCAGGAAGCCGAGAUAGAGCGGCUGAAGAAGAUGGAGGCCAAAGCUGCUUCAGCCGAUGAGGCCCUUCAAGAUCUGAGGGACAAGGCCAAGGCUGCGGAGGAUGAAAUGAAGCUCCUUCAGAUGCGCCUUGAUGAGGCCGAGGCUGCCCGGAAGAAAGCUGAUGAGGCCGUUGCCGCUGCUACCCGAAGAGCUGAGGAGGCGGAGUGCCUCAAAGCUGACGCUGAGAAGGCCGCCGAGGAGGCCAUAGUGAAUUUCAAGGCCGAGGGGUGGAAAGCCGAAGAUCAGGUCCCCUUCUGCUAUGAAGUGGUGGCCGAGAGGCUCACUGAUUGGGUGACAAAGGACCCUGCUGGCGAGGACUUCUGGAUGAACGAGACGCGAGCCUUCUACAACUGCGGCCAGUACAGGAUGCAGAGGCUGAUUUAUAGGAAGCUUCGUCGUCGCUUCCGGAAGAUGAGGCCGAGGGGUUUGAGCCUACCCCGGCGGAUGAGAAAUCCUGAUGAGGAUAUGAAGCUCCCCCCGUCGGAGAGGCAGCCUCCGAUUCUCAGUUCGGACGAGGGGGAAGCGUCCUGGAGUGAAAGUGACGAUUAUCUGCUUGAGGGCUCAGCCGAUUCCAAGGCCGAUGAAGGUGAUGACGCCGAAACCAGUAGCGGUGGCGGGGAGGACGUCGGCCAGAGCAAAGAGCAAGCCGAUGAGGCAGCGUAGUUUUGUAGGCUUUUUUAUUUUGUAAUUUUAGCAUCGAAGUGCAUGUAACGGCCGAAGCGCCCACCUUUUGUAUCUUUUCAUCCAUUAAUGAUAAUCUUUUUGUCACCAUGAUCCCCUCGUCGUCUUUGUAGUUAAGUAUGUUUGCUCUUGUAAAAUUUUCUAAGUGUCAAGGCUCUGUCUCGAGGUUGUUGGUGUCCCUUGAUUGAGACGUAGCGAUUUUUCCG